UCUUUGUAGACGGCUUCAACUCAUUUCCAUAGACACUCAUUUAUAAAACUCAGGUUUUAUGAUUGAAACCGUCCUUGUCUGAUACAUUUCCUAUAAGUAAUCCACCAAUGGAGCCACAAGAUCUCCGCAACAGUGGCGGCUCGGGUAGAAGCCAUGCCAGCCUCCGCCAACAGCAGGAGGAAUUCCGUCGACGACUGAUGAGACCAGAUCGUUUCUCCCGACAAUCACAUGGCCGUUCCGGAGACCCAGUUAGAGCUGGAGUACGGGAGGCUGCCGAGCCUCUCACGGAGCUACAUGAUGUCGGCAGAGCUGAGUUCUUCCCUACUCCGCAAGACCACACAGCAACCGAAGGAAAUGCCGAACGUGUCGAGUAUGCUGAUGAUGGUGAUGAUGACAUUGAGGACGAUGAUCAGGAGAAUGAGGAGGAUAAUGGUGAAGAAGAAGAAGAGGAAGAAGACGACGACGAGGAAGAGGAAGAGGAGGGUCAUGAUGAUGUCCCGUUCGAUGCCUCCGCAGUCGGCUUGAAGGAGAUUAGCAAUCUUGCCAGCUUCACUGUCAGCAGCUACAAGCCUGGGUGUGGCGUCAAAGAGCUGCGUGAUGAUGAUGUGAACCAGUUCUGGCAAUCUGAUGGUCCCCAACCUCAUCGACUGAACAUACACUUCAUCAAGCGCGUAGAGAUUCGCGUAAUCCGACUCUACUUGGAUUAUGAACUUGACGAAAGUUACACACCCACUAAAAUCCAGAUCACCGGCGGUUGGGGUCCUAGCUUCACUAUCCCUUUCACAACCAUGGAGCUUAACAUGCCCAAGGGAUGGAUCGAUGUUCCCGUCGCUGGAGCUGGUGGCGGUCCUGACGGUAACUCAAUGUGCUGCUGGUUCGUUCGUAUUAUCGUUCUUGAAAAUCACCAGAACGGUAAGGAUACCCACAUACGCGGAAUUAAGGUCUAUGCUCUGGAUGAUGCCGCCGAUACUGCGGAGAAUAAUCCUCUUGAAGAGAUGGUCGAUGCGAUUGACGAUUUCGACGACCGAAUGGAACUCAUGAAUAUCCACGAUCACGACGAAGGUGCAGUAUCGAGAAUUGCGGCUGCCAAGAAGAAACGCAAAGAGAGCGCCAAAAAGUACACGCCCGGCGACGGUGGACUGACCAUCCCCGACUUUAUGAGGGAGCCCGAGAUUCGCUGAAUAGGCCUCAAGUAACUGAGAAGUCAAGCUCUCAUUUUAAAGCAUGGAGGCGUUCUGGGAUACCGGUUGAUUAAUUUGAUGAUACCCUAUGGUUGCUUUUGUUUCACAGUCAUAUUGCAUCAAGGAACGGAAAAGCUUGUGCAUGUGCCUCUCAUUGCUAAGAGGUAAGACGACGAUGUCCCCCUAAAUACUCCCCAACACCAGAUAGGCGAUUUUGUUUUCGCAUCGAUCUGCGAUCCCCUUCAAUCCAGUUCCCUGGCCUCCAAAUAAAAACUGUUUUGGACAGUAUGAUUUCUGGCUGGCCUUUUUAAAAAGUUGAAAUGUGA